AUGGAGCCUGUGACGGAUGUUAAGCCACGUGAGACUCUUGGAAUUCCUGUUGAUGAAUUUAAAUUCUCUAAGAAUCAAGCAGGCAAAGCCACGUCGGAAAUUUCAAUGCCGAGCUCGCAAGCUGUUAGUGACGAGUCACUGGGCUCGACCACUGGCGCUCGCGGAUUCGCUAACGCCUUGGCCCUUUGUAUGCUAUUAAUCACUCUCUACAGUUUUCCCAUGCAUCAAUAUUCUCAUGGACAUAGUGGCUUUGGUGCUCUACCAUUCUACUGGAUACGAGAUGUGGACAAGUUGUGGCUCGUAUACAAACGAGCAAAUGUUUUCGCAUUUCAGUUCUUGCUAUUUCUGCCCGUUCAAAUGCUAUACCAAUCCAUAGGGAGCGAUAUAGAGUUGCUCAGAGAAUAA